UGCUUAUACUUCAUCUGAAACUUUAACUCUUUUAGCACUUGCAUUGCAACUGCCAAUUAAACAUUUUCUUUGCUUCAGUUUUAACUGCCACUUCUUUCAGUGUUUCUGUUCAAACUGUCACUUCAACUUCAGCUACUUCUCCAACACAAAUACACUUCAAAAGAAUCAACAUUUUAAGACAUUUCACCUUUUCCCACUUGCUUCAACUGCAGUUUUUCAGUGGAAGCGAGUACACUUGCGCUUUCUUCAGAAAAGAUUUGGCUUUCCUAGUUGUUGGUAUACUUUAGUCUGGACUAGCAGCGUGACUUUGGCAGAGUUUCACUACACACACAUAUUGUUUUCCAGUUCAAAGUGCGUUUUGGUGGGCAUUGACCCUCGGCUCAGUGUUUGGACAGCCAGGCUGUUUGUCAGUCUUCACCGUGAAGAAGAAGAGGGGGGACACACCGAAGGAGCAGAGAGACGGAGAGGGAGACAUCGCCAUGACGACUGAAUACCAUGACAAUGUUGAAGAUGACAGCAGCUCCUUCUGGAACAAAGAGGCUCCUCCUGUCUCUUUCUCAGGAGUCUCCAGGUUCAGACGCUGGUUGUUUCCUGCUCUGACAGCUACAGUCAUCCUGGUUCUGAUCAUAGCACUGGGAGCCAGCAACACGAAGACGUUGAACCGACUGUGGUCUGUGGAGGAAAGUGUUUCCAACCUGACUGAAUCACUGAGCGCCGCAAAGCAGCUCACCGAAGGUGCAGCUAAAGACGUUCACCGCCUGAAGUUUGCUGUGGAGAACAACAAGGACCAGCUGACCUCAGUGUCGGAGGCGUUGAAGCAGCUGUCAACUCUGGAUACUAUCAGCAGGACGGUCGCCUCGCUCAAAUGUUCCCUCGAACACAUCAUCAACAAUAGUUCAGCAGUGGACGGCUGUUGUCCUCUGGGUUGGGAUGUAUUUGGCUCCAGCUGUUAUUUCUUCAGUAAGACACCUUUGGCCUGGGACGAUGCCAGAGACUGGUGCAACGGACACGAAUCUCACCUGGUCAUACUCAACACUGACGAGGAGUGGGAGUUUGUGACUCGUCAUACCAUGGGCAUCUUCUACUGGGUGGGUCUGACUGAUGAGAGAACAGGGAAGUGGGAGUGGGUCAACCAGACGCCGUACGUCAUGAACCGGAGGCGGUGGCGACCCGGUCAGCCUGACAGCUGGUUGGACCACGGUCUCGGCCCCGGGGAUGAAGACUGUGCUCACCUUCACGAGGACGGACGCCUCAACGACCUGCACUGCUCCUCCGUCAUGCGCUACGUCUGCCAGAGACACACCCAGCGCAGCUGAACAGGCUCCACCCACACUGCUCGCCUCAUACGUGUACGCAUAUCUACUGUAACACCAUCAGAUAAUUUGAUCCCAACUCAUCAGACUAUCUGCUUCUGUUGUGUCCACGUCAGUGCUGCUCAGACAAGCUGACGAUGUCACGACACCUGGCCAAUGAGGGCUGAUAUGUGUUAGUUAAUCGUUAAGUCGAGGGUGUGAGGAUGUGAGAUCAGAUCAUUAGAGAUUUGUGAUCGGAUGAAUAAUGUUGUACCUCUGUUUUAAAGGUGAUAUUUUAUAUUUCUCUUCAUGUUCAGACUCAAACCAGCAGUGAAUAAACUAACAGGUGUUGUGUGAAUCACA